CUUUAAAGGAAAAACCGUGGGUGAGAUGCAGUGCUACCUUCCUCAUGCUGUCCAGUAGCUUCCUGCCAUCACCCUAAUUAUGAUGUCACGACCACACUCUGGCCCUGUUGAUUACAUUCCUUGAGUGAUCUGGGGUCUUUGCUACAUUAGUUGUCACAGUGGCACUCCUGCUGCUACAGGACAUUUAUGUAUGGGAGCGUGUCAUGGCAGAAGUGCUGAAGUGUGUCGGGACUUCGAGCAGCACAUUAACUGCAGUCUUAUCAAUAAAUACCUCGUGGGUUACCAACUCAGAGCAUGGAGGUCUUUUUGCUGCUUCUUAAAAGUAUAGUUUUGGUAUAUUUCCUAAAAACACCAGAUACUAUGAGAAAAGUUGGCAUUUGGAAUCCUACACUGCUUGCCUGCGUUAACACUAAAUAUAGACCUACAUGCUCAUGCUGGGGCUUAUGGGCCUCCUAGGAGCUCUGUCUGCUGAAGAAAGGCAAAGGAAGACGACAGAUGUUUUCUUGCAGACAAUGAAUCGUGCUUCCCAGGACACUGGUUCUCGUGAGCGUCAUGAAGACAGGAAGCUUUAUGUUGUGGAUUCCAUAAACGACUUAAACAAACUGAACCUCUGUCCUGCCGAAUCACAGCAUCUCUUCCCUCUAGAGGAGAAAAGCCCAGAGCUUGGCACAAACUCAGGAAGCGGAAGCUGGAGCCUGCUGUUCGUGGGGCUGCUGAUUGUGCUGACUGUCAGCCUGGCCCUGGUGUCCUUCGCCAUCUUUUUGAUAAUCCAAACUGGAAACAGGAUGGAUGACGUGUCAAGACGACUAGUAGCUGAGGGAAAGGACAUAGAUGAUCUGAAGAAAAUCAACAACAUGAUCAUAAAGCGACUCAACCUGCUGGAUCCAGAACAGAACUGAAGAGAUUUUGUGAGAGCAACUGCUAACACCUCAAGACUGAGCAAGUCAUUUCUUCAAGGCAGCAGAUUCUCUUAGCAGAGAGCCAGGCCUGUGCCAACCUGUGGCAAGCAGGGAAGGGAACAACUCCAAGGCAAACAGGAUUGGGGAGAGCAGCUAGAAAGGGGGGUACUUCUCACAGUCUCACCUUCGGUAGGGUGCUUGAGACUUAACGGGGUGAAGAGUGGGUGGCUAGUGUGAAGGAAGAUCCUGAGAAAACAGAAUUGAUCUGCAUAUGUACAAUGUUCCUCACAAAAGGGGCAUUGCCGCUGGGUUGAGUUCGCUGUGCCAGUUUGGUUCAUUAUGUCUCAUGGAGCUUAGAAAAUUCCUGCGAAUGCCUAAAGAAUUCAUUGAGCUCUACUCAGUGUUGAAGAGAACCAGGUGGUCAUUCUUUUCAAUAAAGGUGCUUCUGCUCUGUGGCUGAUUA